GGGAGGAGGACAGACUCCAAACAGAAGAAGUGACUCUCUUACGUCGAGGAGCGACGAGCGCAACCAGCCCAACAUUCACAACCUGACUUUUAUUUUGAUAUUUACAACAACAAAAAAACAAAGACUAUAAACUAUGAAGUCAUCAAACAGUCGCCCCCCCAGAGCGGCUACAAACCCUUUCGUGCACGAGCUGAAACUCACCAUACCACAGACAAUAAAGAUCGCGCUCAUGACGGUGACGGUGUUUCCGGUGCGGCUGCUGCUGGUGGCCUCCCUCAUGCUGCUGGCGUGGCCCUUCGCCUUCGUCGCCUCCCUGCGGCGCUCCGAUUUCGUCAUGGAGCCGCCGUCGUGGUGGAUGAGCGCCAUCGACCUGUGCCUGCGCGUCAUCAUGCGGGCCAUGUGGUUCUGCGGCGGGUUCCAUUGGAUCAAAGUGAAAGGGGAGCGCGCGCCGCCCGCCGACGUUCCCAUCCUGGCCGUGGCGCCGCACUCCUCCUACUUCGACGCCAUCCCGGUGACCAUGACCAUGUGCUCCAUAGUCGGCAAGCUGGAGAGCAGGAGCAUUCCCGUCUGGGGCACGCUGAUCAGCUACAUCAGGCCCGUGUUCGUGUGCCGCUCGGACCAGGACUCCAGGAGAAAAACGGUGGAGGAGAUCAAGCGGCGAGCCCGGUCCGGAGGGGAGUGGCCUCAGAUCAUGAUUUUCCCGGAGGGGACGUGCACCAACCGGUCGGGGAUCAUCUUGUUCAAGCCUGGUGCUUUCAUUCCAGGACUCCCAGUGCAGCCUGUGGUGCUGCGCUACCCCAACACACUGGACACUAUUUCGUGGACGUGGCGAGGUCCCGGCGCGUUCAAGCUCCUGUGGCUCACUCUGUGCCAGACUCACAACCCCAUGGAGAUCGAGUACCUCCCUGUUUACACGCCGUCCAACGAGGAGCGGGAGAACCCCGCCCUGUUUGCCAACAACGUCCGAAAGCUCAUGGCCAGGGCGCUGCAGCUCCCGCUCACGGACCUGUCCUUCGAUGACCGGGAGAUCAGCCUGUCGCAGGGCCCGCUACGCGCCCUCGACUGCGGCGGCCUGCUGGCGUUCCACCGGCUCGUGUGCCGCCUGCGGCUGAGAGCGGGAAGCGCGGGCGACGCGCUGGAGGAGCUGGCCAGGAGAGCCAGGAAGCUGCAGGGAGACGGGCUGAGCGCCGAGGACUUGGCCCAGUUCCUCGAUCUGCCGCUCACGGACGCGCUCGCACAAGUCCACGGCCUCUUCGCCCAGCGUGGAGACGGGCUGAUGGACGUCCGGCUGUAUGUCGUCGCUCUGUCGACCGUCCGUCGACCGUCCGAGUCGAUGGAGACCCUCAAGUUGGCCUUCGAGAUGUUCGAGAACGAGGAGACCGGGGACGUCCUGCAACGGGACCUUGCCGCCAUCUUCGAAAUAAUGUUGGGAGUGAAAAAGGUGGAACUCUCGAGUCUGUUUUCAGCGCUGAAGGGGCCCCGCAGAGCGGCGAUCACGUACGAUGAACUUAGUCGUUUUAUAGAGAAUCACCCGUCCUUCGUCGAGGACCACCUCGUUGUCGAAAACCACCCGCGGCAUCGGGCGGAGAGCUGCAACGGGCGCCACAAAGACGACUGAGGAACGCGACCCGCCGCUCCCGCCUUCGCCUCCUCUGACUUGACCCGACGGCGUCUCCGGGUUCGCCGCAAGGGGCUCCUUUGCGGCGCCUCCGCGCCUUCCAGCGCCGGCGGAGGAGGAGGAGAAGCCGCGUGGCGCCGUGGGGACGGAGGAUGGAGGAUGGAGAUCUCUCUCUCUCCCGCCUUCCUUUACAUUUGUUUCCCCUCUGUGGAAAAAGCUUCCUUUUCAGACGUAUUAUUUAUUGUCGGUGGUUUAGUUUUACUUUCUCUCUGAGGAAUGUGUUGACAAAGGGGACUUUUGGUUGAUCUCAGGCAAAUGGAGCCUCGCCGCCGCCGCCCCCCCCCCCCCCCCCCCUCCUGCUGCUCUUCAUACACGCUAUGUCGCCCCGUGUGGAACAUAUCACGCGGUGUCACGUGCUGCCGUCGUAAGCUAACAAACCAAGAAGCUUUCCCACUGCCAGGAAUGGAGCCCUUUGCCAUGUGAGGAGAACCAGGAAGUGACUCAAAGUGAAUACGAUACAAUCAAAUCUUUUCCGCUAUGCUUUUUGUUUUUAUGACGAUUUUAUUAGUUUAGUCGUUUUUUUUUUGUGUCCAGAUUCUUCUCCCUCGCAAGGAAAAUAUUUUUUAAAAGUUUUUUUUUUUUUUCUUCCCACGGAUGGUUCAGAGGAGCAGUUCCUUCAUUUAACCUUCUCACAGAUAUUACACAUACUACAGAUGGAAAAAAAGCCUUUGGGCUAACUGGUACAUUUACAGCAAUGUUUUAUUAAUGUGCACUGUCCCUACCAAAUAAACCACUAUAAAAAAACAACAAUUAAAUACAUCCUGAGA